UUUCAUCUUGCCAGUCGGUGUUCCUGCUGCUUCGAGAACGGUUCGUGCGAAUGGCAGGCUACUCGUACGCGAUUCGAUCGACAUUUUGACCAAGUCGAUCCUCCCCGUUUAAACGUGAUUCUUUGCAGUUUCUGUUCCUCUUGCUUCGCAGUCAACAUGCGGUUCCACGCGACCGGAAGUGUCGUUUUGUUGGUGGUCUGCGCGACCCUUCAGGCGACCUCGCAGCCCGAAGAACCCUUGCCAUCCAUCCUGGGGGGCAUAGGGAACGUGGCGACCAGUGCGACCAAUUUCCUGACGGCACUCAUGCAACGACAGAAAGAACUAUUACACCGCGUGACGGACACUGCCUCGGACUACAUCAGCAGCGCGGUGGAGAAGCCGAAGAGCCUGCUGAUCAACGCGACCAGGGUGACCACCGGCAUUAUCGACAGCGCAGCAUCCAAGGGCCUCGAAUUUAAGCUGAGGAGAUUCCUGGAGAAGUUUCGCGGCCGGAUGCGCUACGGGAUACCGGAACUUGGACUUCCGCCUCUCGAGCCGCUCCAGCUUGACGAGAUCGACAUAGACAUUAACAAUCCGGAAAUAGGAAACGUGUCGUUGACGAUCGAGAACCUGGUGGUGCACAACUUGUCGACCUUCGUGACCAACAAGGCGAAAUUGUCGUUGAUCGGGCCCACGAUCACCGGGAACGUCACCAUUCCUCACGUGUACGCCGAGGGCAUCUACAACAUAUCUGGAAAAAUUGGCGACAUGCUCCAAUUGAACAGUUCGGGCCCGUUCAAAGCGGACAUAUACGAUUUUAACCUGUACGUGAACACUGUCCUUGGCUACUCAAGGGGAAUGUACCUGAAGAGUUUCUAUCUCGACUUCUCGCUGAGGUCCAUAGACAUGCGAUUGGAGAAUUUCAUGGAGGACGAGGAACUCAGUCAAAUAAUGAGCAAGGUCUUUCAGGAACUUACGCCAAAGGUGCUGGACAUUAUUAAGCCAGACAUACUUCCUGGUAUCCAGAGUUACGUAGCAGGCAGAGUUAACGAGACCAUUCAUCACCUCACUAUGAAGGACAUAUUUAGCAUUCUCGUGGGACCCAACGAAAUUCCAGAUUUCGCGCAUUUAUUGAUACCUUAGAAGGUUCCACCUAAUCUUUUAUUGUUACUAUUAACCGAUGACGCAAAUUCUUUCAAGGGAGCUUUCUCGCGUACCACCUCUAAAAAGUAUCUGACGUUUGCAAAAACUAUUAUUAAUUUAGGUUAACCUUUCAUGGAGGUGUAAGAAGACAUCUUCGAAUUACAAAAAAUAUUUUUUCUCAUGUAAAUCUAAAUAGUUUAUGGCGUUUAAAAUUAAUCAGUUUUGAACAUUUAGUUUGAUAUUUUCAGCAAAUGGGAACGGUUGCUUGAACCUUCAUAGUUCUAAGGUUUCAAUGUGCCUCGUAGUCAUGUUUAUCGAGUGUUACGCCCGGAAUACCUUUAGGCGUUUCAGGCGCUGAAUUCACUGAUAAAAGGGGCGCUUAUAAACACCCACAGCACCGAAAGGAUUAAUUGUAAUAAUUCCCCCACGCAUAGAAAUUCGUUGCACCGUUGAUUUUCAAACAAAAAAUCCGUGGGAUUUGUUGAGGCUAUGUUCAGGGAUUAGAGAUAUGUAGGUGUCGAAUUUCUAUCGCAACUACGGUCUAAAAAUUACGUUGCUUCGAAUAAUUUGUACCAUAGUCGAUGUUUAUUUUUUUACACGAAUAUUACGCAGCAAUUCCGUGUCAGGGAUCCAACGAUUACUUGCCAGUAACGUAUUACUAUAAAAAGGGAGAUUAAAAUCGGUAGGGGAGAGGCGGUAAUUACCUUGUUAACGGUUCAAAAGUAGUUUAGCAUCGUGGAAAGUCAUGACAAAGUUGUUAAGAUAAUGUAGUAUGUAGGAGAUGCGUGAUGGUCUGUAGAAACAAAAAAGUUUGCGCUUUGAGCGGGGGAGAAAGUUCAAGUUUUGGUAACAGUUUAUAUUUGAGUAAGCUGACAGGGAAGACUCACCGAAACUUGGAUCUUCUCCCAAUGGAAUGCUGUAGAUAGCUAUUUCCUCUUCUUUUUUUAAGUGUUUUGUAAUAUGUUGAAAAUAUAGGAAGUAUUAUCAGUU